CGCAAAAGUACUGGAUAGUCGAGUAGACGGCUCCAGGUUCGUGGGAAUGAUGCCAAGAACGUGGCUCAAGUAGAGCAAGACUGCAGCGCGCCAGGUGGGCGAGACGAGCUUUGUACUGGCUACGUGUAAUUGAGCGUGGUGAAUGGCCGUACCCGGACGGGGCAUCUCGCCCCAAGCACGCCUUUGAUAUGACGGGCGACUCUGUUCUUAAACACGCCGCAUUACACGCUAACAACGGCCAGCAAAGCAAGCACACGCAUACAGCGCCAAAAAGUCCAUGUCAUCAUCGACUUUUCAUCUUUUUAGCUUAUUUCUGGGUCCGCGGCGGCGGUCACGAGCACCAGACGGGACCUAGGGUGGGGGACAGGAUCCAUUCUAUGCUGAGUUGCCGUAACCACAGCCUCGGGCGGCUUGCUGAAAAUUUCACUCUUGCCGUCUUGUUGUGUUGUGUUGGUCGUAUUGCCCGUGAGACGAGGCCGAUUGCCGAUGGGUUCACGCUUGACCGAAGCUCUCGGCUCUGCAGCGUCCCGCAAUGCGGUGAGAAGCGAGCCAGGCGCUUGAGUCGUGAUGCCAUGCGUGGUGCAUGGGAUUUUCGGUCUCCUCCCGGAUGGAGUGGGCGAUCCUCUUGCUGCUGUAGUAGCAUUUGCAAUCGGCGUGUUAUAACCGGACUCUGAAUGGAGAAAGACGCAAAAACAACGACAAUGCAAGCUGGUCAGCGCUGUUUUUAGCCUCAAGGCAGCUCGGGUAGCUCUUUGAUCGGGUUGCACCCAGCCUCGGCGAUAGCAUGGACAACACGAGCAGGCCACUGCAUCUAAGCGCCCGCCAGGCCACGAUGCUACAUCGGAGACACUCAGUUCAAUUCAACCAGGCCA